AUGGGAUCCAGAAGAACGAACGCGAAGGGCAAACAACUUCAAGAACUGAUAAACGAAGGCUUACUGAAUUGUGUCGACGAUGUAAUUACCACAUUCGAGAAGAACGACUAUGAAGAAAAGCUGGACUGGAUAUUAGCCAGCCAACCACUUUUUUCAUUCAUCUCAAAUGUCGAAACGCACCCAACAUUAGGUCUUCUUAGUGGACACAAGCCAUUAACCUUCGAUAUUCCAAUCAAAAUGGAAGCCAACGCCCCGUCACCACGAUUAUCGUUCAACUUCAAAAGAGCCAACUGGAAGAAGUAUAGGAACACACUGGACGAAAAACUGAAGAAGUGGGACAAGCCAAGCUCAAUCCUACACUGCGAUAUCGACCAGCAUGCAGAAUACAUCACCAACUGUAUCACCGCAGCUGCUAAUGAAGCCAUACCAACAGCGUCAAUGCCGAAUACAAAUUUCAAAGUGAGUGAAGCUACCCAACGAUUGAUCAAAAGCAAACACCAAGCAUAUAGACGUUGGAAGAAGACUGGAGAAGCCGUAGACAAACAGCAAUACUACAACUCCAAGUUUCUGCUAGCUAACUCACUUAGAAACGACAGAAAGCACAAGUUUAAGCAAUUAAUGGAAUCUCUCUGUCGAAAGAAGAUGUAUUCAGACGAAGUAUGGCUCACGGUGCGCAAGUUUCACAACAAACGGAUUAAGCAAACAUACCCGAGCACGAUGCAGUACAACAACAUUACAGCAGCGACAGGCAAAGAGAAGGCAGACCUCUUCGCGGACUACUUCGAGAAAGAGGUCUACUUCAAAGCGUCUGACACGCUUCCAUUUCACAAACAAGUUGUAAGACAAACCAAGAACGUGAAGGGUAUGCAACAACAGUCAACCACCACCAGAUGGAAAAAGAUUUCAGCCAAAGAAGUUAAGUGGCACAUCAAACAUCUACGCAACAGCGCCACUGGCCCAGACAACGUGCAUAACAGAUGCCUGAAAAACCACACGGAGUUGCUUAUACAACACCUCAUAGCGUUGUUUAAUGUGAUUCUGGAAGCUGGAUAUAUCCCAGACAUCUGGAAGAAAGCACAUAUCAUCUUACUGUUGAAACCGAAGAAGGAAAAGCGUCUUCCAUCCAGUUAUCGUCCGAUCAGUCUACUCAGCUGCCUUGGUAAACUGCUGGAGAAGAUCAUCAAACAAAGGCUUACGCUCGAAAUCGAACGUCGAAACAUUCUGCCAGAACACCAGGCAGGAUUCCGUGCGAAAAAGAGCACAUUGUACAACAUCGUCCGACUUGAACGCUUCGCAAGGAGCAAACUACAUCGGCCCGGAAUAAGACAGCACUCCGCUGUCAUUUUCUUCGACAUUAAAGCCGCUUUCGAUUCAGUCUGGCACGAUGGACUUAUAUACAAGCUUCAUGAUCUUCGCCUCCCGCAAUACCUUACCAAGUACCUGAUCUCUUUUCUCCACAAUAGAACCGCUGCAAUCGAAAUAGACAAUGAUUUAUCUCGUCCGUUCCAGCUGCAGAGUGGUACGCCGCAAGGGUCGCCGUUAUCUCCACUUCUUUACAUCAUCUAUACGGCAGACUCGAUGAACGAUAUACCACCGCACACGGAACAUGGUCUCUUCGCUGACGACACUGCUCUAUGGACAACAUCGAACACGCUGACCAGUCUCACACAAAGACUACAGCAAUCCAUUGAUGCAUUUGAAAGUUGGUGCAAAUCGUGGAAACUGAAAUUACAGCCAACGAAGACAGAGAUGAUCCACUUCAGACUUCACCCAAGAAAGAAAUACAAGCAUCCAGUAGAAGUCAAAGUCGAAAAUACUAUCAUCAAACCUCUGGAUGCAACCCGAUACUUGGGUGUGAUUAUCGACAAACAACUGAAGUGGAGAAACCAUCUCCAACAUCUCGAAACGAAAAUGGCUGGACGCAUCAGUCUUCUACGAUACUUAGCCAAAUCAGCGCAAGAACCAAACCAAAAGACGAUGAUAAACAUCUUCAAAGCGAUUGCAAGACCAGUGAUGACAUAUGGUUACCCGGUAAUACUAACAGCAAACGACAAAGUGUGGGAUCGGCUUCAAAUUAUCCAAAACAAAGCGCUCCGCGCUACUCUUGGCCUGCCGAUCUAUACCUCUGUCGAAUACAUACAUCGGAUAACCAAAAUACCAAGAAUCAAAGAUUAUGCAACAUCACUGCUCCAACAAUCCAUAGCCACCGCUACAUCCAACAAAGACCAAACGCUCCUACAACAUCUGCAAGACAUCGCAGAUCAACUUUGA